AUAACAAGGGCACACAGAAGGCAGUGUUUUACAGCAACUCUGCAGUUUCUCUUCCAAGACAUUGAUUUUGAUUCACAAAUCGGGUAGAAAGACUUUUAAAAUGUUGCGAAUUGUGUUGGUGUUUGGCUUUAUGCUCACGGCAGGAUUGUUGGAUGUAACUGCCGAUCCCAUUGCUUCGCUUAGGGAUGAUAAGCCAGCUGCUAGGCCACGCUGCCCGCCGAUAUGUGGUGUACACGAUCGCGGCAAGCGUCAGGCGAUGUCAGAGGAUGUGCGAAAUUGUGCAAUAGAUCCACCGUUUUACCCCCCUACGGUCACCGAUACUUCAGCCAGGCUUUCUGCUCUUCGCAAUCAAAUGGCUGAUAAUAACAUUGCUGCUUAUAUCAUCCCAUCAGAAGACGCACAUGGGAGUGAGUACGUGGCUGCACGUGACAUGAGACGAGCGUUUAUCUGCGGUUUGAAAGGCUCGGCAGGUCUUGCCGUAGUGACCAUGACCGAGGCUAAACUGUGGACAGAUGGACGAUAUUUCCUCCAAGCUGAGAAAGAAAUGGACUGCAACUGGGAUCUUAUGAAGAUCGGUGGUGGAUCUACUGACCCGUCAGCAAGCGCAUAUUUAGCAACAACUCUUGCAGAUGGAGAUACAGUAGGAUUUGACCCUGCACUGAUGUCAGUCAGUGACUUUCAGGCCUAUGAGGCGGCCCUCAAGGAACAAUCACCAUCUAAGAUGAUCAACAUGACAUCCAUCAGUACAAACCUCGUUGAUGAAAUCUGGGAUGACCAGCCAUCAUACAAUUCAGAAACUGUCAUCACUGUCUUAGAUGCAGCCAAAUACACAGGUGAGACUUGGCAGCAGAAGAUCAUUGACGGUGCCCCAGAGCAGGACAGUGUUCGCAAACAACUCCAAGAUAUGACAGCAGAGACUGUUGAGGGAUUGGUUAUCAACAAGCUUGAUGAAAUCGCAUGGUUGUUUAACAUCCGUGGUGAUGAUAUCCCAUACAAUCCAAUGAUUGUCUCCUAUGCCAUUGUAACCAUGACAGAACAAAUUCUGUAUCUCUAUGACAGCACAUCAACAAAGAGAGUACCAGAUGAAGUCAAAACCCAUCUCAAUUUUGACUCUGCUUCAAACGCCUGUACAUCAUCACCUUGUGUCAUCAUCAAAGACUAUGACAUGUUUUUCACUGACCUGGCAACCAUGAGUGCUGCAAUAAAUGGCAAGAUGCUGGUUAGUGAUGCUGCAAGUUAUGCUGUCUACGAUGUUGUUGGGGAUAAGCGUUAUGUAACAGCUUCUCCACUUCUUCUCAUGAAAGCAAUAAAGAGUGAAACAGAGGCUCUAGGCAUGGAGGAAGCUCAUGCCAUGGAUUCCAUCGCAUUGUGUAAUCUUGGGGCUUGGAUGCAAAAAACCAUAGACGGUUUAGAGGAUCCAAUGGUAGGAGACAAAAGUGUGAUCAGUGAGCAGAUUGUUAUGCAGAAAGCUAUUGAGUUUAGAGCUGCGUUUGAGGACAACCGAGGAUUAAGUUUUGGGACCAUUGCUGGGUUUGGACCACAUGGUGCCAUCAUUCACUACACAUCUACACCAGAAACCGAUGUUGCCAUAACAAAAGGCAGUACUUUCCUGUUGGAUUCUGGAGGCCAAUACUUGCAAGGUACGUGUGACAUCACCAGGACCUUUCAUUUUGGUACUCCAACCAAUUUCCAGAGGGAAGCAUAUACUAGAGUUCUACUGGGAAGCAUCGACUUGGUUAUGGCUGUGUUCAGAGAUGGCAUUUAUGGCCGGGAUAUUGAUGCAUACGCAAGAGGCAAUUUGUGGCAAGGCGGAUUGGACUAUAACCACGGAACAGGACACGGUAUUGGGCAUUUCCUCAAUGUCCAUGAAGGUCCAGCCAGGAUCAGGAUUGGAGUUAGGCAAGGAGAGAAACCAUUACAGACAAAUAUGUUUCAAUCUGAUGAGCCUGGAUAUUACGAGGAUGGCUCUUUUGGAAUACGUAUUGAGAAUGUUAUGAGAAGUAUUCCAGCAACGGUUGAGCAUGACUUCAAUAACUACAACUACAUGACUUUCAAGAUGAUCUCCCUUGUGCCAUUUGAAGAAAAACUCAUCGACUUCACUUUGUUCAACAACAAACAGUUGCAAUGGUACAACGAGUAUAAUCAAAGGGUCCGUGAUGAGAUAGGACCCAGAGAAGGACUCUCUCCAGAGGGUAAGGAAUGGAUGAUGGCGAACACCAACCCUGUGAAGUUCACCUUUGAAGUUGAACUUCCUGGUUCGGCAAGCAGAGGGGUGAUGAAAGCAGCACCGUGUGUGGUUACCAUCUUAGCUAUGCUCCUCAGUACACUGUGCUCCAUCUUGUAAAGUGAACAAACUGUCUUAAAAAUCAGUAAUAUUUCAAGGGAGGUACAUUAUUUUAUGAUUUAGAUCAGUUAUUGAAGGCUUUUUGAUACACAAACUUCUUACCACGUUUCUUUUGUUACAUGUAUUCGUUACAUGAGGCAACUUUUACAGGCAACUUGGAGGCAACCAACUACAGUGCAUGCUACAGGAACACUUUGGUAGCACAUGGGUAUUUUUUUAAACAAUGUCUUACAAUCCCCAAGAAUAAUGUGAACAAGUCAAUGAAUUCUCUUCUUUGCGAUUGCCUGGAACUGGUUGCCUGUAAAUUGUCUAGAGUGACAUAACCAUUAGACUGUUUUCAGCAAUACUUUAAAGGCAUAAACCAAGGUGUAAAAACAGUGCAUGGAUGUCAUGACCUUCUUCUAACACAAUACCUUUAUGUGUAGCAAUAAGUCUCUCAGGUAUCAAAGUAUACUAAUAAUCAACACAAAUAGUUUUUGUUAAAUAGGGUUGAAUUUUGAGGGAAAUAAUUGGUAUGUCUAGAGAAGUAACGCCUGGGGUGGUUAUUUAAAAUUUCAUCAAAACAUCAAAAUUAUCACAGAUUAGAUACACAGUAUUUAAAAUGCUGUUAGAACUGAAGAAUGGUAUAAAAUGUUUUCUCUUAAAGAAAAUGGCUUUGGCUUAAACCAGGGGCCAAUUUCAAAGCACUGCUUAAUGGUAAGCAAAGUUUUGUGCUUACUAUAGCAGAAAAAAUUGCUUAAGUGUUAGCCCAGUAUUUCACAGGUUAGCAAGAAAGAAAGGCACCCAGCCUGAGCGUUCACAAUGGAUUUGAAUUGUUACAUCAUUCAUUUUCAUACAGUAAGCAUUGGAUGUGGAAGGUUAGCAUGCCUUUUCAUGUGUUAAAAAUUGCAGCACUAUGAAAUGGAAACUUGUAAACUAAGCACAAGUUUGGCCCAAUUUGCAUAGAGCUGCUUAAGCAUAAAAUUCGUCAUAACAGUUUUCUGCAUAGCAAGACUACACAGAAAUUCGUCCACAGAUGUUACAUAGCAUUUUUACAGGUAAUCUAAUUCUGAUAAGCAUAAUUUUGUUGUGCUUAGCAACUUUUUGUGCGUAGCUCCACAAAAGUGGGCUUUAGUCAAACAACGCUUUAGGCAAAGACUUCAAAGUGGCUAGUGGCAUCACAAGUCGGAGCUUAGAGUGUGGGGAAAGACAUUCAUAACCAAUCACUACCAUACCUUCACUAAACCAAAUCACUAAUAACCUAUUCCAAUAUCUCAGAACUUGAUUUCAAACUUGGACAAAUUGGCUAUAAUGCAAACACAAAAUCAUGUACAUAUUAUGUGAACACACUGAUGAAAAGAUUGUUGUCGUAUGAAGCCGCUGUCAUUUGACUUUUUGGGCAGAGACAUAAACAAGGAUUUCAAAUACUUUCCACUUGAAUGGCAAUCAUCUGUAAACUGAAUUAUAAUUGAAAAGAUUAUGAUACUUGUUGACCUUAAAUUUUGUUUUUACUGUAUACUGAUUUUGUGGUUAAACAUUUUCAUAUUUCAGUAGGAUUGAGUUUGAAUGUUAGAGUUAGAUUAAAGGGAGAUUAAAACUUGGAAAUGAAAGUUCAAAAUUACAAAGUUAGAUUGAAACCGUUGCAUUUGUGCUCAUAGAAAAUAAUACAUUUUGGAUGUUUGAAAAAAAAUGCACAGUGUGAUAAAACUUGUAUGUGUAAAGUGUCAUAUUUGUGAAAAAAACUCAAGGAUAAGAUUUAAAUUCUGCUUCUAUAAACAAUGUUACAUAUUCCCUGUAGAAGUGAAAUUAAUUUGAUUUAUAAAGUCAUUAGUAAUAUUUAGAGUAUAAUACAAGAGGUACAAAGACAAAUCUAUACUACAUCAGUACUACAAGAUAUCAAACGCACUCUACUCACAAGAACAGAUUGUUGUACAGAAGUUCUUUCAUUUUAGUUUUUAAAAAUGAUAAGAAAUAAAUUGCACAAAACCAUAUUAAAGUA